AGGCGUUUCUUUUCUUUUCCUCCCUCGCCAGGUAGAGAAACGCAGCCCGUGGUUCUGCUGAGGCGAAUCGAGCGACUAUACAUGUCAACACGGCUAAACGAAAGAACGACAUACAAAAGCAUGCUGUUUGUUUGACAAUGCAUGUUGCAGGCUUUGUGCUUGCCUAUUAAACAGCAUUAAGUGAGCAUGUAUGCAUUUGAAGUUGAGCAUGCGGUUAUGUCUUUUACCUUAACCGCACACAUUGAAAAAUUUGUCUCACCUACUACCUCAUUCACCACCGGAUGUUUGUACAGUUAUGCGCAUGUGAUGAAUUCACUAGGACCGUAUUGCACAAUUCUGGACUUUGCUAUGAACGUCAAAGAACUUCGAUUGAACCAGACACGGCUUCAGGAUGGACAUCCAUUUUCCCUGUUUGCUGAUGAUGGCCUUUACAUUGUUCCAUGGUACCUGGAAUAUUUUGGAAAUUGUUUUAUAUGCCGUUUUCAAAACUCUCACUCAUUUUUGCAUGACUCAACCACUGAGCUGGUUUCAUCUUUCGGAAUGAUGAGCAAGCUGGACAGUGUGCUGCUGACUCAGAGGAAGUUUAUUUAUCACUAUAAGAACGUACGCUGGGCACGUGGGAGAAACGAGACCUACCUCUGUUUUGUUGUCAAGAGACGCAACAGUCCCGACUCGCUCUCCUUCGACUUUGGACACCUGCGCAAUCGCUCUGGCUGCCAUGUGGAGCUUCUUUUCCUGAGCUAUCUUGGGGUACUGUGCCCCGGUUUCUUGGGUUCUGGUGUGGACGGUGUACGGGUGGCAUAUGCCAUUACUUGGUUCUGUUCCUGGUCACCCUGUUCAAACUGCGCCCAUCGCCUUUCGCGCUUCAUGUCUCAGAUGCCCAACCUGCGGCUGCGCAUCUUUGUCUCACGCCUUUACUUCUGUGACCAGGAGGACAGUCAAGAGAGAGAGGGACUCCGAUGCUUGCAAAGGGCUGGCGUGCAAGUGACUGUCAUGACCUAUAAAGAUUUUUUCUACUGUUGGCAAACCUUUGUGGCUCGUAAUCAAAGAGCGUUCAAGGCUUGGGAUGGCCUUCACCAGAACUCUACCAGAUUGUCCCGGAAACUUCACCGAAUACUGCAGCCUAGUGACUGUGAAGACCUGAGGGAUGGCUUCGCUCUGCUGGGGCUUUAAAUGACCAAGAGUUUACUUGACAAUGAAUUAUGGUGCUAAUGUUAUGAGAAAAGAAAUUCCUGAGACUUGAAUCACUGAAACA